AUGUUGUCUUCAAUCCACUCUUCUGUAGAAGCAAAGGAGCAUUCUCCAGCACCGGAGCCGUCCGGCGCCUGUCUUUCCUGGAGGGCGCGAAAGGGAACUCGGGGCUCCCCGCGCGCCGCAGCAGGGCCCAGCGGUCCACGCGCGAAGCCAGGCGGGGCCGCGGCGCGGGUUCGAGCGCCCGAGGCGCGGGCGGAGCAUGUGACCACGCCGCGCGGGGCCGGGAGCGCAGUGCCGCACGCUGGCGGCGGCGGGGAGAGCAAUGGAGGCCGCCGCCGCCUGAGAGGCGGGUGCGCUGCCGGUGCUGCUGCGGAGUCUGCUGGUGCUGCGGCAGCGCCGCGGACUGUGCAUCCGCGCCCGCCGCCCGCGCGGGACCGCCCGUCACCGUCCAGCCCCUCUGCCAGCCCCGGCGCCAGGCGGGGACCUCAGUUCACAAGACCAGUGAUUCCCAGGCUUUCUCAACAAUGUACUCUACUUCCUGGCACACGUACCACUGAGGGUGAAGUCUCCUUUUUACAAGAAGCAAAUUUUGGAGGAGAGCUCUCUAACAAGGAAAGGCCGUGUGGCUAUUCAGAGAGUGAACAAGAAGCAGAAAUUCAGACUUCACCUUUGAUGACGCUAGGAGAUGUAUGUAACCUUGAACUAGAAUUUUUGAAGACUGAAAAGUGGCAGAGGAAUGGGUGGGAUGUGGAUGUGUUGCUGGUGAGACAGCCUCAGCUAUGUGGACAAGGGCAAGACUCUGGGGGACAGUGGAACAGCAAAAUAGAAAGAAUAGACCAGCAGCAGCCUGUCCAGCACCAACCAUCGACUAUGGAAUGUUAAAAGAGAAAGAAGUGAACUCCUAAUGUGUACAAGCCACUGGAUUUGGGGACCUCUUUGUUGUAGCAACUUAGCCUGUAACCUAUAUACUAUGUAUUA